GAAAAUUAAUGAAAUCAUAGGGAAUUUAUAACUAGAGCAGAAAUACUCAAGUGUAUUUUUGGGAGAGAUUUUGGCAUGCAAAAAUGCUCUGGUAAGUAUUGUUCCAUGUAGAAAACAAUGCCCCACUGAGACACAGGUUGCUUAGGGCAGUCCAGGCUGUUCGUACCAUCCCAAAACAUGACCUGCUCAAAGUAGCCAAUAGAAAUUGAGCAGCUCCCCCCCCCCUCCACAUCAUUAGCUCAGUUACUACCAAAGUGCAUCAUACAAAAAGCAAGACUUCUGUUUGAAAAAGACAGAAAAUGAAUGUCACUUCAACUGUGAUCAGAAAAACUCAGUUGGCUGGUGUCAGCUAUGGACUGGUGAUAAGAACAAGGCUGAAUUUGUUCUUAUCACCAGUCCAUAGCAGUUGAGGUAUCCUUCAAGAACAGUUAGCUAGACAUCCUCACACCAAAGUUAGGGGAACAUCUCAGUGUAACAUAAGUCCACAAAUAUGGAACAGGACUGUGUGGCCUUGUGUGAUGGAAUGAGAAGGUGACCUUGGAGAACAGAGGGAAUGAUCAGAUGAAAGGAAGUCCGAGGGAGGAUAACGAUCUAAAAAAGAAACUCAGGAAAGCCUGCCCUGACCACUCAAGCAAUAAAUAGGGAAGGCAGGAGAUUUGUACUUUCAGACUUGCAAGAUUCUGCUGAUGUAGCCUUACAAUAAAGUAGAAUUAGUUCAUCUAGUUGUGUUUCCUGUUUGGUUUACCUGGAAGGGCUGACACCUUGAGAUCAGAAAAUAUCAAUAUAUAUAUACUUGUACCAGAAAACAGAGAUGCAAAAGUAUGUGCAGAUUAUUGAAUUACUGCAGUAUUUCUUUAUGCAAGCAAUGUCUUGCUUAAUAUCUUUGUUUGUUUGUUUUUAGAUUGUUUUUUAGACUGAGAGUUCUAGUCCUGCCUUAGGCCUGAAAGCCGGCUGGGUGACCUUGGGCCAGUCACUCACUCUCAGCCCAGCUCACCUCACAGGGUGGUUGUUGUGGGGAAAAGAGGAGGAAGAAGGAGUAUUAGGUAUGUUCCCCGCCUUGAAUUAUUUGAAGGAACUGGGUGGUUCAAAAUAGGGAGAGGAGUGAGACAAGAAUGCAUAUUGGCUUGACAUUUGUUGCACUUAUAUUUCCUGUAAAAGUUACUGAAUAAUUACAAGAAUGACAGGAUCAGAAAAGAUGACAGCUGGAACUGAAGGAAACUAACAGUUUGAGAUAUCUGGACAACAUUAAUUUGUUAGGAGAAAGUAAAGAAGAUUUAGAAAAGUUCUUUGUGGUAGUUAAUAAUUUUUCACUUUUCAUUUUAACACUUUUAAGAUUAAAUGUUAAGAUGAAGGUAAUUAUCAGCUAGCGUGCUUGGUUAAUUUAGGGUUGACAGUGAAGAAUUCAAGCUGAGGUAGAGUUUUGUUUUCUCAGACUUAAGAGCAGAUAAAGAUGGCCAUUGUGAAGGAGAAGUAAAUAGAGGCUUAGUGUGGAAGAAAAAGCAAUAGCAAAGUUAGAAAAGAUAAUGAAUAAGAAGGAAGAAGUAUUAGAUAUGUUCACCGCCUUGAGUUAUUUAUAAAAAUAAUAAAGGCAGGAUAGAAAAUAAAUAAAUUUAAAUUAAAUUUCAGUGACAAUAAAAACCAGACUAGCUACCUUUGAAGUAUGGAUUUGGUGAUAGUUACAAAGAGUUCAGUGAAUGCAAGAAGACCUAAUCUGUGACAUAUAAAGAUUGUUUCUUUUUCUCUCCUCACACAGAGAAAGGCAGAGGGUUCAAUGAAGGCGUCAGGAUCAAAGCUGGCCUCUCAGCUAUUUUAAGUUAGUUUCGUGUAUCAAAUAAGGGUAUGAAACCAGAACUUACUCAAAGACUCUUCCAAUUGACCACCAAAAUCAAAUAUUUUCAAGAUCAGACUCCUCAAAGAGAAUGUCUGUAUUUCCCAUAUUUAUUUCCUAUCUUUCAUAUAGCAGCUCAAGGUGACAUACCUAGGGCUCCCCACAACUCUGGGAGUUAGGUUGGGCUGAGAGUGACCAGCUUAGAUUCACACAGUGAGCUUCUGUGAUUGAAGGUGGACUAGGACCUUGGUCACCCCAGUGUAGUUUAACACCUUAACCACUCUACCACACUGUCAGGGACAAGCCAGGAUCACCCAGUUUAUGAAAAUCAUUACAUAUAAUUGAAAGCAAAUCCUUAUACUUUUGCUUCUAAAAUUCCAAAGUGAACAGCUUCUCCUUUUUUUAUUUUUGUUCUCUGCCCCCCUCCCCCAUCAUUUCUUUAUCGUACAAUGGCUGAAUCCUCUAAAGACCAAAUUUCAACACUGUUUCUGGAGUAUAUUUUAAUAAGUCCCAAAGUUGUAUCAUGCAGUAAAUGUCCACAAUCAUAUCAGAGCUCUUCAUACUUUAGAUCUUCAAACUUCCAACUCAACAUUUGGGUCUUUGUAGCUGGGCAACGAUACUUGAAGGAGGAGACAAAAUGCACGUUACGAAGAGUGACUAUUUUUCAACACCUUUCAGCUUGAAGCCAGGUCGAUAAUGUUUUAUAUAUAGUACUUGAAAUCAUUUUUCUUUAUAGCAAGAAAAAUCUCUUGAAUGUAAAAGUGAAACAUGGUACGUGCAAGCUGCAUUGCAGGAGUUUUGUCAAAAGUAUGAAGAAAAUGUUCCAUUAUUUGAAGAUUUUAAAAUGUAUUCCUGUUUCUUUAUAGUGUUCGACUGUGAAGAUCCAGGAGUUAAACAUGGCAUACAAAUAAAUCGAACUACAGAUGAAUAUUUCCAUGGUGAUUCUGCUACAUUUAUAUGUGACACUGGAUAUUUCUUGACUGGAAAUUAUUUGAUAAAGUGUGUGAAGAACAAUACCUGGUAUCCCUCUGUACCAUUCUGUAGAAAGAGUAAGAAUUCUUUAAAAGCAAUUAUAUUUCUAUUUUCUCCAAUAUUGUGUGGUGCUCCAAUAAUUCCGACUGGAGGAGUGGAGCCACUGAGACCUUACUAUGGAAUGGGAAGCACCAUUGUCGCAUAUUGCAAUAGAAACUAUUGUUUUCCUGAUGAAACAAUAGAGAUGAAAGCACAGUGCGAAGGCUACAAUAUGUGGGAUCCCCCUGUACCACCUUGUUUUUUUAGAACUAUAUCUGACACUGUUCAACUACAUAUUUAUAAUGGAAAUAUAGUUCAUGGGAAAAAAGACAGGUAUAAUCCUGGAGAUAACAUUACUGUGGAGUGUAUAGAUGGCUAUGUAUUAAGAGGGUCAUCCAAGAUUCGGUACAUUGGUGGAAAGCAAUGGUUGCCCGAGAUUCCUACUUGUUCUCUGAGUAUGUAUAAGAUUUGCAAACAUAUGCUGACUUUAGGCAUUUUACUUUACCUGUGUAGGAAAUAG